CGCAGGAAAGCAGGGGCUCGUGCGAUCUCCCUGGAGUUGCGGAGACCUCGCCACGCGCGAACCAAUGCAGAGUCAGUGGGCAGGUCCCACGGGCGCUCGCUGCGGUGCCCGGCACCGCCCCGAGGACUGCGAGAUUCCAGCCCCGUCAGUGGCUGCGCUCGGGAGCAACCCUGAAAGUGACGAGUGGCACGUAACGACCGCUCUGCUUUUGGCAAAGAUUGUCCCCAAGUACUUGUCACAACAAUGGACUAAAGCUUCCGGAAGGGGUGAAGUAGGGAAGCUGAGGAUUGCCAAAAAUCAAGGAAGAACAGAAGUAUCAUUUACUUUGAAUGAAGAUCUUGCAAGUAUCAAUGAUAUUGGAGGAAAACCUGCUUCAGUCAGUGCACCCAGAGAACAUCCAUUUCUUUUGCAAAGUGUGGGAGGACAGACAUUAACAGUGUUUACAGAAAGCUCAGGAGAAAGCCAGCCAGAAGAAAAAUCUGAGAACAGCAAUGCUGAUAAACUUUCAUUGGAAGGAAUAGUGGUUCAACGUGCUGAAUGCAGACCUGCAGCUAGUGAAAAUUAUAUGAAACUGAAAAGGCUACAGAUAGAAGAAUCUUCUAAACCUGUAAGACUAUCACAGCAAUUGGACAAAGCUGUAACAACCAAUUAUAAACCUGUGGCUAAUCAUCAGUAUAAUAUUGAGUAUGAAAAAAAGAAAAAAGAAGAUGGAAAACGAGCUCGGGCUGAUAAGCAGCAAGUGUUGGACAUGCUUUUUUCUGCCUUUGAAAAACACCAGUAUUACAACAUUAAGGACUUGGUGGACAUAACCAAACAGCCUGUGAUAUAUUUGAAAGAAAUUUUAAGAGAAAUAGGCAUCUACAAUGUUAAGGGAACCCACAAAAACACAUGGGAGCUGAAGCCAGAAUACAGACAUUAUCAAGGAGAAGAGAAGAGUGAUUAAUGCAACUGUUAAUGAAGCAAACACAGAGGUUAUAGAAUAAUGGGACUGCACUGAGGGAACACUGCAGUUAAACAGACUGGAUUGAGCACAAUUCAGUACCAAGAGAUAUUAAAAAGAGUAAUACUUUGUAAUUUGCCUGGCUUCAUUUUUAAAAACAAAUUUCUUGGACGUUUCUAUACAUUUGUCUUGUUUUUGACAAAAAAAUGUACAGAAUAAACUUGUAUUAGAUUUAUCUUUAUUAGAAACCUUUUGAGUUUUGGCUUUAUAUUUUAAGUAGUUUUGUUAAAUAUUGAUAACUUUAAAUUAAAAUAUACUUUAGAGGGA